AUGGGGCUGCAGCAGGGCCCUGGGCAAGUGCCCAGGUCCUCUGUGAGCCCAGGGCUUGAUGGGGAGGGAACUCCAGUGGGAACCCCUGUCUCGUGUCUCUGCAGCAACAUCAUCGACGUGUCGGCAGCAGAUUCCCAGGGCAUGGAGCAGCAUGAGUACAUGGACAGAGCCAGGCAGUACAGCACACGCCUGGCCAUGCUCAGCAACAACCUGAAGCACUGGAAGAAGCUCCCACUGCUGCCAUCUCUGACUAACCAACCGCACCAAGUGCUCCUCAGCGACCCUGUCCCCUUUGCAGACCUGCAGCAGGUGUCCUGGAUAGCUGCCUAUGCCUUCAGUGCACUCUCACAGAUCCGUGUAGAUGCCAAAGAAGAACUGGUUGUACAGUUUGGCAUCCCCUGAACCUGCCCCCACCACUGCUGCUUCACCACUUUUAGUUGUUUUUAGUUUUUGCCCCUUUUUUUUUCUCUUUAUAUCCCUUCCCUCCCCAUGCUGCUGCCACAGAACUUGGACAGAUACCCUGUUUCCUACUAAAUGCCAAGGCGCCCGUCAUUGGCACUUUGAGCCCACCUGCAUUGCUUGAUGCUUUCUUCUCCUCAUGGGUGGGUGGGUGGGUGUGUGUGGGGAGCAGGCUGUGUCAGCUGGAUGCUGCCUUGCACAGGGACAAGCACAAAGGGAAUAGCCAGGCAAGGAGGCCCUGGUGUGGUUCAGCGCCAUGUGCCAGGUAACUGGGCAGGGUGGGCUGGAGCCAGGCAGAUGUGAUGCUCCGUGUGGGACCUGGUGGCUCCAACACCAUCCCUUCUCCUUUUUUCAUGUUUAGACCUUAUUUUGGUUGUUUGGUUUUGGUUGGUUUUUUUAAAAAUAAUUACUAAAAUAAUUACUAUUAUUUUUUGCCACAGUAGAUAAAGCCAUGUUCAUGAAGUGUCUGUCUCCACUGUUCUCUGUUGGACACAGCAUGGACGUGAUGGGAGAGCCAUGCCCUGGUGGGGGAGUACACACAUCUGUCUGAUCCCUGUCACCUCUUCAGUCAU